AUGACCACAGCCACAGCACACGCAAAGCGUCCUUUUGUAGGUGGUGGCGCUUUCAAGGAACGAAAGGAACGAGAUUUGGCCGAUAGAGCACUUGAAAGCGAGAAAAGGUUGCGAGAGUUGAUGGGCAUGUUGCUUGAAGCCAUAGUAUCGUCAACACAAGAGCUUGAAGCUGAUGAUGAGGAAGAGUGGGAGGAUGUUGAUGAUGAUGACGAGGAGUUGGAGGAUGUCGACGAUGAGAAUGAUUGGGAAGAUAUCGACGAUGACGAGGAUGACGAAGAGCUGGAGGAUGUUGAGAACGCCUCCUCUAACUCCUCCAUAUUCUUAUCCCCCUUCUUAUCCAACAACCCCCCUACCAAAGACUACCCCCCCAUCGGCCACCUAUCCUUCACCACCAUCUCCGAAGCCCGCACCGCUUACUACUCAAUGUUAGUGAAGGUGGAGAAUCUACUCGUAAAGUGGUAUCACAAGGACGAUGUAACAGCACUUGUCAAGACCUUGAUCGAAUCUGCUCAGGCGUCGUAUGCCGAGCAGGAGGAGUUUUGGAAGGAUAGGCGCAUAGUUCAGGAGUGGUUCGGAGGUAUAGAUGGGUAG